AAAAGGAAGGGAGCCGGCGAGGUCCGGUCGCGCAGCAUCCAGCAGCAGCGCUACCAGCGGCAGCCGAACGGAAAGACUCCCAGGCGAGUUGCGCCGUUCCGACGCCGUGCUUCCCUUUUACCUGUGUGUUGCUUUUGCGUGUUCGUGUUUCUUCUUGGCUGCGUGCGCUCUCUCUGUGCGCCGUGUAAGCCGAUCGCGUCCGAGAGCGUCCGACACGCAGUUAAACCGCGCGCGCUACGCCGUCACCACAGUGAGAUACGUGUACUCAAGAGACAGGAGUGAAAGAAAGAGAUAGAUAGAUAGCAUACACACACACAUAUAUAUAUAUAUAUAUAUAUAUGUAUGUAUAACAUCGCGUUAUCUAUAUAUCGGAUACGCGAGAGUCUCGCACACUUCUUCGCAAAUUAUCCGCGAUGUCACGACCGAUAGAAUACCUUUUGCGGUCUUCCCUGUCGUUAGCAAAUACGCUAUGCUAGUCGUUGGUACUACUUCCUGAGCCAAACGUGCAUGUGCGUGCGUGUGCGUGCGCGCGCGCGCCAUCGACCGAGAAGGAGCGCGUGCACGGAAUGCCUUGAAUCUCUCGAGAUCAAAGUGUCGACAAAAAGAGAGAGAAAGAGAGAGAGAGAGAGAGAAAUAGUGUGCGUUGUGGCAGUUCAUUGUAAACAAGAGAGAACGAAAAGACGAAUGAUCGUCUUUCCUCUUUGGAGUAAUUGUGAAAUUCUUUUUAAUUGCCGUGAAAUGCGAAUAUUGAAUUUUGAAGAUUAAGAAGCUUUCGGGAAACUUUCCUUUGAUCUUCCUUCCGAAAUCUUCGAUAUGCCGACGGAUCUAGUCGUGACGCCGGCUUCGGCCACGGCUUCUGAAGAAUCCAGCAGAGGUCGUGACCUACCACUUGGUCCGUCUUCGCGAUCUGCUCCAUCAUCUUCAGGAACAUCUUCUUCAGGAUCUUCUGGACAGUCGUCCUCUAGAGGAUUCGAUCCUUCCGGUGCCCUCGCGGCUUAUCAUCAACAUCGACAUGGCUUAGUAACUGGUCUAGGUCAUCCUCAUCAUCGGGAAUCAUCAGCUUUUGUACCCGUCGUACCUUCCAGAUUGCAUCUCGCUCCUUAUCCCGGCGAGAUGCAUCCUCAUCUUCCCGGAUUACCACCUUCCUCGUCUACCAGCGGAAAUUCGGAUCAUGAAGUUGGUCCCGAACAAUCAGUGGCUAGGAAAGGAUCGUCCAGUUACGAAAUUAUGGCCAUGAUGGCCGAUAAAAGAAAAGAAUUGGCAGCGAGAGCUUUACUUCUUCCACCGCCACCUCUCUUGGAACCACCACCUGGAUACCCAGUUUUUGCAGGUCCUUUCCCUGGUAGUUCUGCUCUCUAUCCUCCGGGUGGACCAUUGGCUCAUCAGCAUCUCGAUCGAAGAUUAUUGAGAGCUCCCGGCAGAGCAUCUAGGCCGAAAAAGCAAUUUAUAUGUAAAUUUUGUAACCGUCAGUUCACGAAAUCCUAUAAUCUUCUCAUUCACGAAAGGACACAUACGGAUGAGAGACCGUACUCGUGCGAUAUUUGCGGUAAGGCCUUCAGACGACAGGAUCAUCUUCGAGAUCACAGGUAUAUCCAUAGCAAAGAGAAACCGUUCAAAUGUGGCGAGUGUGGCAAAGGUUUCUGUCAAAGUCGCACUUUGGCUGUGCAUAAGAUUCUUCAUAUGGAGGAAUCGCCACAUAAGUGUCCGGUAUGCGCGAGAAGUUUCAAUCAACGCAGUAACCUAAAGACUCAUCUUUUGACACAUACGGAUCACAAGCCAUACGAAUGUACGUCCUGCGGAAAAGUUUUCCGUAGGAAUUGUGACCUCAGGAGGCAUGCACUGACUCAUGCGGUUGGUGACGUUCCUCCAGAGGCUUUGGAAGAGGCACUUAGGGACGAUGAUAGUCCAGAAGAAGAUUGUGGUCCGGAAUCAGGUUCAUCCAUACCCUCGUCUUCUUCGACGAAUUCGUCGCUAGCAAGCACGUCGGCGAGUACUUCUGGUUAUCAAACUCAAGCCCAAUCGAUACCAGGCCCACCACCACCACCACCUCCAGCAUCAACAUCAGCACCUGUAUCUGCACCAACAUCAGCACCGACUCCAUCGACAGCAUCAGCACCAACUCCGGUACCAGCUCCUCCGCUUCGACAGAGGCCUCAAUUACAGAUCAGAAGAGAUCUCUUGCCUACCGUAAAACCUUCCACGAUAACCAGCAGUAGUUCAACUCAUUCCAAUACGCAAAAUCCUCCAGCACCUUUGCCACCACCUCCUCCUCUGAUACUCUCGUCGUAUCGUCGAAGACUCGGUUCACCAGGUCCAUCGAGAGUUUUCUUAGAACUUCAGGAACGAGAACGUGAAAGAGAACGGGAAAUGAAACAAAACAGAGAAAGAGAUCGUGAAAGAGAACGCGAAGAAGAAAUUGAAAGGCCACCAAGAGCACCCACUCCACAGCCACCUCCACCACCCAGGCCUGCACCUACCAGGCAAGGAUUCACGAUCGCCGAUAUCAUGCGUCGAUAGAAAAUUAUUGUAUUAUACCAAUUCUAUCGAACGUUCUCCAACGAAAAGAAUAAUUCGAAAGUAAUUGAAGAUCAAACAAUUAUCUACAUCCUACGUCUUCCGUACUUUACUUAUAUUUUCCAACUGUACAUAUACGACGUGUUCCUUUGAGAACACAUACAACUUUAACGACCAUUAUUAUUACGUGCCAGCGAAGUUAUAUCUCUAGUCGCGGUGCCCAUACGAUUUGGUUUUAAUCAGCAUCAUCUAAAAAGAUUUAAAAAAGUAUUGCCGAAGCGUGCCUUUUUACGUUAGUCAAACAUUUAAAAGUUAAAAAAAGAUAUAUUGAUAUGGUUUUUGAAAAUACACAGUCUUUUAACAAGUAAAUUGGACGAUAAGAAGUGAAACUAUUAUCGGAAUAACGAAAAUGUGCCUUUUGUACGAGUGUACUACUUAUCAUUCAUUUUACAUUAAUCGACUAAAUAUUUGGGAUAUAGUACUGAUCGUCCUGUAGAAGAUACAUGAAGAAUCGAAUAGUAAAUAGUGAGAAGGAAUAAAAUGGAGAAAAAGAAAAAAGAAGAAGAAAGAAAUAAAAAGAAAAGACAAUAAGCCGAAGUGCUUUGUCUCUCGUAAAUUUCGGAGAAGGGGUAAUGCAAAUUUCGUGGUCACGGUAGAACCUGUGCCACUGUUGCCACGAUGGUAGCAGGUGCAAUACGGUGUCGAAACUACUUGAAUCCCACUUUUAGUACUACCUGCUCCUGCUCGCAUCUAAAAAUAUUCCGACCCUCGACGAAUGCUGCCUUCUUUUUUCCCUUUGCUCCUGAGAGAGGAACCAUUAAGGGUCCUUUUGUGUUCGACCACAAAAAGGACCUUUAUGUCUGUGUUAUGCGACCGACCAAAACUAUAUUUUCUUCUCAGUAAAUCCUGUAAAAAUUCUAGGAUGAGAGAGAAAGAAAAUUAUUUUUCUUCUUUUUCUUUUUUUUUCUUUUUUUUUCUUUAUUCUUUUCUUCUGGAUAAGUGUAUUCGUGUUUACCGAAACUUCGAACAUUAAGGAUGAUAAAUCUUGAAUAAAAAUUAUUAUAUUCGAGAGAUACAAGAAAGACACAGAUGUCUUCCAUUUUAAAGAAAAUCAUUUUAUUCGGAAUAAUUAAGACGACAGAUCUGUUAAAAAUAGAUCGAAAAUUAUUACAGCGUUGUACUAUUAUUGAUAAUGGACAACACAGUAUAUAGGAAUUUAAUUCCGCGUUUGUGUUAUCUCCCAAAAGAAUGGGAAUUAAAAUCAGGAUUUUUGUUUAAAUACUGAGAGAGAGUGUAUAGUGAUAUCUACGAUGUACAAUGUACUACGUACAAUGACGGCCGUCCAAGCGAUAAUUUACAAAAGCACAAAGACGAGCUAAAUCUCCUGUUAUUUUAUACGUUUUCUGUUUAUGCUCAACAUAAAUAUCUAUAUUUUUAGAUUUAUACGUGCGUUAAGUAAGUUUGUAAAUUAUAUAUUAAGACAGAUAAAAAAAUAAAAGAUACUACACAAAUACAAACAUAAGGCAACAUUGAAAAGAGCAACAAGUUGCUAAGUUUCUCUUACCUAUACCUGCAAAAUCAUUCAAAAGACAUCUAACAAAACAUCUAUAAAUUUACAUAAUAAUGUGCAAAUCGUAAAUUAUUUUAAAAAAAUUAAACUACGAUAUCAUUAUUUCCGUGAAUAGACUGUGUAGAUAUAUGCUUUACAUAGUACCACUAAAGAAUAAUGUCUUUGUAUCGUAAAACUAGUAUAAUAAUGUUCGUAUUAAUUUUAUGUAUUAAUAAUAAUGAAUAAGAGUA